CUGCUCCAUAUACAUGAAAGUUGAAAGUGGUGAAAUUAUAUAAAUGUUAUUUUCAUGAUUUUUCAAUGCACACCUCGUAUUUUUGACGCAAAUAUUGCUUAGGAUGAAGCUUGUUGACCAUGUUGUGCAAAGUUUUUGUGUUGCUAAAGUCUUUAGAGAAAAUACUGAUCGUAUUAAUAGUAUUGAUUUCUCCACAAAUGGUGAAACACUGAUUUCGAGCAGUGAAGAUGACUCUAUUGUAAUUUACGAUUGUGAAAAGGGAACGCACAAGAAGACGCUAAACAGCAAGAAAUAUGGAGUGGAUCUCAUCCAUUACACCCAUGCUGCCAAUACAGCUGUACAUAGUUCAACCAAAGUAGAUGACACAAUUCGUUAUCUUUCUCUCCAUGACAACAAGUACAUCAGAUAUUUUCCAGGUCACACAAAAAAAGUAGUGACGUUGUGUAUGUCACCUGUAGAUGACAGCUUCUUGUCUGGGUCACUUGAUAAGUCAGUCAGAUUGUGGGACUUACGUUCACCAGGCUGCCAGGUAAGAACUGAUAUAAUGAUG